AUGGGUCUUGGUCUCAACGAAACCGCUCCAAUUGCAGAGGAUUCAACUCGUACUCGGCGGAGAAGCUCCAAAUGGACGACUGAUCAAAAUUUGGUAGGAGGGAAUACUGGUUCUCAAAGUAGUGGAUCUAAGAGAGCCAAUCCGAGUGAUGCUAGUGACUCCAACUCCAUAGGAUCUACUGUUCGUCCAAUGGGGAGGGAUGCAGCUAAGAAAAAGGCAAAAAAGAAAGGUAAGAGUGCUUCACUGGAAGUAAGCAACGAACACUGGAAUGAAUUUAAACAAUUGAAAGAGCAAGAGUUGGAACAAUUGGAUAAAAUUGUCAUGAGACAAGAGGAGGCAAACUAA